AUGCAGGCCCAAGUCCCUCUGGGCGGUCUUUCCCCUUCGCUGUGGACAGACUUCCAGGUCAUAUUUGGACUGUCUCCUGGAGCAUCCACCCCCUUCCACGCGUCUAUAGCAUCCCUCCAGAGCUAUUCAAAGGACAUAUUUCUUGAUAGCCUUGCAUUUUCUGCAUAUGCUGCAGGAGUGUCUAUUGUCAUUCUACUCCUCCAGCUAAUCCUCCGGUCAGCGCCCGUUCGGAAGUUGCACGCCAAGUUUUCGCCUUCAGAAACCACCCUUGUCAAUGGUCACGGCAUCGAUGAGAUCUCCACGGAGGACGACUUGGAACCAGCUCCACACGUUGGGCACGUAGCUCAAUUGGGAGGCCCGGUCAUAUUUGCGUUCAAGUUCGCGAGGCUUCUGUCUUGCUUCGCUUUACUGGGCAUGUCUGUUUCCACUACGACAUUCUACAUCCGGGGAGACCUAGUUCCACAUGCUAUUAAGCCUAGUGCAUGGCUCCACAUUGCGCUAAGCGGUACACUCGGUUACGCUUCUCUCUUGGCACUACUUUCCGUCACGGUGACAUCCACGAAGACGAACACCACUGUCACAAGACACCUCGUCUUCGUCUUGGGUGCCGUCUGGGCAAUUUAUAUUUACCGUGACAUCUGGCCUCUCGCGACAUACGUGCUACCAAUUCAAGACAAGGCGGAGAGCGGUCUAUUGUGGGCCAAGUUAGUCGUCUCGACGUUUGCCGCUGUCAUAGUCCCCUUCUUCAUCCCUCGGCAAUAUGUUCCUGUUGACUCCAAGGACCCAUGGCAACCCGUCGCAGAGCAAACUUCGUCGAUCAUGUCCAUGAUGUUGUACGUCUGGUUGGACAAGACUGUUAUUGACGCCUACCAAAUUCCCCAUCUUCCCAUCGAGAAGCUCCCUGCUCUGGCGGAUUAUGACAGUGCCAAACAUCUCGUAAAGCGGAGUUUCAAGCAUCUUGACCCUUUUCAAGUCGGAACUAAUCGCCAUCUCUUUUGGGGUCUCAUGCGGGUAUUCAGAACGGAUUACCUUGUCCUGGCUCUGAUGCUAACUCUGGAGACAAUCUUCCAACUUUCGAGCCCUGUUGGAAUUAACCAACUUCUCCGUUAUCUGGAAACAGGCGGGGAGGAUGCGUUCGUCCGACCCUGGGUAUGGAUCUCUUGGCUAUUCUUUGGGCCGCUCUUCAGUUCUAUCGCACUUCAGUGGUAUAUUUUCAACACAACGAGAAUGCUUGUCCGUGCUACUGGUAUCGUUACGCAACUCGUCUUUGAGCAUUCUCUCCGCAUCCGCAUGAAGGCAGAGACCCAGAACACACCAGGUAACAGUGUUGCUAGCACCGCAGUGCCUACUCCAGACAAUGCGUCCAUUGCUGAAGGUUCCGAGUCGCAAAUCACGCACGAGAGUCCCACAAGCAGUGAAGACGAGACAAUGCAAGCGAGCACUGUAAGCGUGGACAGUAGUUCCGUCAAAGGCAAGCAGAAGUCAAAGGCCGCCUCGGUGAGCGGUGAUAGCAAGAAGUCUGCCGAUGACUCUCCGGCCGUGUCUGGUCCGAAGGGUGAAAAUCUAAUCGGAAAGAUUAACAACCUUGUUACCACUGAUUUGGAUAACAUCAUCGGUGGCCGUGAUUUCCUGUUUUUUGUUGUUCAGGUUCCUCUUCAACUUGGUCUUUGCGUGUGGUUCCUCUACCAUCUUCUGGGAUGGAGCGCAUUCACGGGGAUGGCUGUUAUGGUCAUAAUGUUCCCACUGCCGGGCUAUAUUGCGAGUAAGAUUCAGGUUGUUCAGGUAGAGAAGAUGAAAAAGACCGAUGCUCGAGUUGAAAGUGUUACCGAAAUCAUGAAUGUCAUCCGUAUGGUUAAACUGUUUGGAUGGGAACCCCGCGUCGCCGAGCAGCUGUCGAAAAAACGCGAAGAUGAGCUGCGCUUCCAAUGGAAGUACAGGCUACUUGGUCUGGUCAACGAUGUCGUAAACCACGUCAUACCGUUCAUUACAAUGAUCGUGACAUAUGUGACAUUUACCCUCAUCAUGAAGAAAGAACUCACAGCUUCGGUUGUUUUCUCCUCGAUGGCCGUCUUCGAUAUGCUCCGUCAGACAUUACACGGCGUUUUUGGAUUCCUUCCCGCUGUUAUCCGAGCGAAAGUCUCGUUGGACCGUGUGACUGAGUUCCUUCACAAGACGGAGUUAUUGGACCAAUACUCGCUGGACUCUAAAGACGCGGAUCUCGUCCUACCUCCCGCACUGUAUUCCGACGAGGCGAUUGGAAUCAAGAAUGCCUCCUUCACAUGGGCAAGUACAAACGACGGAAGCUCGACGCCUGGUACACCAAGGCGGAACUUUACUUUCCGCGUCGAAGACGAGGUAAAAUUCCAGCAAGGCAAGAUCAAUUUGAUCAUCGGACCCACUGGCUCUGGAAAAACCUCGCUCCUGAUGGCACUACUAGGCGAAAUGCAUUACAUUCCCUCUGGUCCGGACUCGUUUGUAAACCUCCCCCGCGCUGGUGGAGUCGCUUACGCUGCGCAAGAGUCCUGGGUGCAAAACGAGACCAUCAGAGACAACAUCUUAUUUGGCCAACCGUACGACGAGGUCCGGUACAACAAAGUCAUCGACCAGUGUGGUUUACGACGCGAUCUCAGUCUAUUUGAGGCCGGUGACCAGACUGAAGUUGGUGAAAAGGGACUUACGCUCAGCGGUGGUCAAAAGGCUCGUAUCACGCUUGCCCGAGCCGUUUACUCUCCUGCGCAGAUCCUUCUACUCGACGAUGUUUUGGCUGCUCUUGACGUUCACACCGCCAAAUGGAUUAUUGAUAAGUGCUUCAAGGGUGAACUCAUUCGUGAUAGGACUGUCCUCCUAGUUACUCACAACGUGGCGAUGGCAACCCCAAUCGCCCAAUUUGUGGUGUCACUGGGAACGGACGGUAGGAUUCUCAGUCAGGGCGCACUCUCUACAGCCCUUUCUAAGGAUAAGAAAUUGCUGAAGGAACUCUCUGAGGAGAACAAAGAGAUUGAAAAGGCAGAACAAGCGAUCGACGAAUCCGAACCAGCAGGCGAAGCGAAGAAAGCCGACGGAAAGUUGAUCGUAGCAGAGGAAGUGUCCGUUGGGCAUGUCAGCUGGAAAGCUCUGACAAUGUUCUUCUCGAGUCUCGGUGGAAGACACCAGGUGUUCUUUUGGUUCAUGUGUGUCGGCACGCAGGUCUUGGCCGAGCUUGCCUCUACGAUACAAACUUGGUUCCUUGGAUUCUGGGCACGUCAGUACGAGGAUCAUGAUGCUUCGGAAGUCAAAGUCCCAUUUUAUCUAUCUGUCUACUCUAUGCUCCUGCUUGCAACAGUGAUUGCCUACAGUAUCGGCUGGAUUGUCUACGUCUACGGGGCUUUGAGGGCUUCACGAUCGAUUCACAAGACACUUAUUACAUGGCUGGACAUGACGCCCACAUCUCGCAUCAUCACUCGAUGCACUCAGGAUAUAGCAGCUGUUGAUGGCCCAAUCACUGAAUACUUCCGUGCAGUCGCAGAAAUUAGUCUCGCGAUGUUGAUCAAGCUCGCUGCUGUGGUAGUCAUGUCGCCCAUCUUCCUGAUUCCCGGCGUUCUCAUCGCGAUACUUGGUGGUUGGUGCGGCCAAAUCUACAUGAAGGCACAGCUAUCAGUGAAGCGCGAGAUGAGCAACGCUCGAGCGCCCGUUCUGGGACACUUCGGGGCUGCCAUUGCGGGAUUGACUUCCAUAAGAGCAUACGGCGCAGAAGAAAUGUUCAGAAAAGAAUCGCACGAGCGCAUCAAUCGCUACACGAGAGCUGCCAGGACUUUCUACAAUCUCAACCGGUGGGUCUGUAUUCGGAUCGACACGCUAGGUUCCCUGUUUGCCUCUGGUCUCGCGACGUACCUUGUAUACGGCAGUGGCUUAAGAGCAUCCAAUAUUGGUUUCUCCCUCAACAUGGCAGUUGGGUUCAGUGGUAUGAUAUUGUGGUGGGUUCGCCUAGUGAACGAGUUUGAAGUGUCAGGGAACAGUUUGGAGCGUAUCGAGCAGUACGUUCAGAUUGAACAAGAGGUGAAGCCCACAGAGCGCGGUGUUCCUCCUGCAUACUGGCCUGCAAGCGGUGACCUCAAAGUAGAGAAGCUGUCUGCUCGUUAUUCGCAGGAUGGUCCUCAUGUUCUGCACGAAAUUUCGUUCGAGGUGAAGUCAGGAGAACGCGUUGGGAUUGUUGGACGGACGGGUAGCGGCAAGAGCUCUUUGACGCUGUCCCUGCUACGGUGCAUUUUGACUGAGGGCAAAGUCUACUACGACGGCAUGCCCACCGAUUCUGUUAAUUUGGAUGCGCUUCGAUCGAACAUCACGAUUAUUCCGCAAGUGCCGGAGCUGCUGAGCGGAACAUUGCGCCAGAAUUUGGAUCCCUUCGAGCAGCACGAUGACUCGGUGCUUAACGACGCGCUUCGUUCGGCUGGUCUGUUUUCUCUGCAGAGUGAGACUGAAGAAGGGCGCAUCACGCUGGACAGUCAAAUAUCUAGUGGCGGUAGCAACCUAUCCGUCGGACAAAGACAAAUCUUGGCUUUGGCACGGGCAAUCGUUCGUCAGAGUAAACUACUGAUUCUUGAUGAAGCUACGUCCGCGAUAGAUUAUGCCACGGAUACGGUCAUUCAGACAUCGCUGCGGAAAGAAUUGAAUAAGGACGUCACUCUUCUGACGGUCGCCCACCGGCUGCAGACGAUCAUGGAUGCCGACAAAAUUAUGGUGCUUGACGCAGGACGCAUUGUCGAGUUUGGCAAGCCUAGCGAGUUACUCAAGAACGAGAAGGGCAUGCUGCGCGCGCUGGUGGAUGAGAGCGGUGAUAGGGACGCGCUAUAUGCGAUGGCGGAGGGUUCGGGUGCGUCAACAGAAAAUUCUAGUUAG